AUGAGCGAGCGGCCAGGGCGGGCUCGGGGGCUGGGCCCGGGGCUGACAGGCGGUGUCUGGGGCCGCGAGCGCUCGGAGCGCAGCGGGAGGACCACGGCAGCGCCCGCCGGAGUGGAGAUCGUGAUUGCCGCUUCUGACCGCAGGUGCUGGCCGUGGUCGGCGCUGGCUGCGGCGCUCGGGAUAAUGCAGAGCUCGGAGUACCAGUGGGAUGACCUGGCUGAAAAGAAUUUAGCCAAAUCCUUUUUCCACUGCUCCCAAGAGCAAGUGUACAUUGGGGAUUUUGCACCGUUUAAAAACAGAAUCACCUGGGCUGGAGACCUUAACAAGAAAGACGCAUCAAUCAACAUAGAAAAUACACAGUUUAUACACAAUGGUACCUAUAUCUGUGCUGUCAAAAACCCUCCUGACAUUGUUGUCCAGCCUGGACACACAAGUUAUGUUGUGGAAAAAGAGAACUUGCCGGUGUUCCCAGUUUGGGUGCUGCUGGGCAUAGAUGCUGUGGUGCUCGGCCUCACUUUGCUCACCAGCAUGACUCUGGCCAUCUUCUAUAGAAGGAAAAACUCCAAACGGCAUUAUACUGGGGCCCAGUCAUAUAUGUACAGUUAGACCACUCAGGGGGAUAUCACAGUGACAAGAUUAAUAAGUCAGAGUCUGUGGUGUAUGCAGACAUCCAGAAAAACUGAGAAGACCCAGAACAUAUCCUAAUCAAGAAACAAACCUAAACUGGAUUCCUGUGCAGAAAAUCUAGCCCUGAACCACGUGUGGCCUUGAGGACUCAGGCAAGGACAAGCACAUGUGUACUCACAGAGGAAAAAAUGUCUAAAGGAUGUGUAUGUUCUAGUUAACCUCCUGAUGUGAGAAGCCAAUGUUGCAUGAUAAAGCGAUGGUGUAAUUCUGUGCAUAUGUGUAAACUAUCUUGCUGUCUUGUGCAUUCUUUCAGGGUCAUCUGUAAUUGGGAAAUAUCAGAAACGUUCCUAUCACCAUCAUGUAGGUGUGGUUUGCCUUAAUGGAGCCUGUCACAGACCUUUUAGUAGUUUCAGUAGACAUGGCCUUUUUACCUAAGGCCUCAACCUGUGUUUGCAUUUAUUUGGAGAAGGAGGCUUUAUAAUGGAUACAUACCAGGGUGGCCUUCCCUGGUCAGAACCAUCUAUUUGGUUGUAUCUGUCAGACAACAGCCAUUAAUCAUGCUACCUGAAGACAAGUUGCAGAGUUUCUGUUGAUGUUCUUCUAAAAUAUGGGACAAGUUUUAGCUUUGCAUAUUGUACAGGCUUAACAGUAAAACAAGGAGAAACCAUUUGUUUUUCCUCCUUGAAUAUCCUCUCCCUUGGCCAGGUAAAAUUGAUGCAUUUUACGACAAGCAUAGUGAAGAUCAGUAAUGGCUAUUUAUAUGGUCAAUCUGGAUUCCUUUGUUUUUAAAAGAAAACUUCUGGGGCCUGAGGAGAUAGUUUAGAGGUUGAGAGUACGUGCUUGGGUUUAACUCCCUAGUCACCCACUUAAAGCUGGAUGGGUAUCAUCUGCAGCGGCAAGAGACCCUGGGAGUGCAGCUCAGUGGUCAAGAGCUUGAUUAGCAUACACAAGGUCCGAGGCUCCAUCCCAACACUAGAAAACUAAACAACUUAAUAAAGCUGGGUGUAGUGGUUCCCAUCUGUAAUCCCAGAGCUUGGGUGGUAAAGGCAGGACCCUCAGCUACAUAGCAAAUUACAUGAAAACCUGUCUGAAAAACAACGAUGAAAUGAAAUGGAAAGAUCAUGGUCAGAGGAAGAAACAUGAUCCCUAGAGCAUGUUGGGGUGAGUAGGAGUGAGUGGAGAUGGUGAUUUUCCUCCCACUUAGUAUACCAUGAUGCUUCCUUUCCUUCCCACCUUCUAGUGGAAUGCAGCAUGAUUCAGCUUAUAAAAGAAAAAUACAUGCAGGAGGUCAUCAAAUCAAGGACGAGAACGUGAACUGCAGAACUGACUACCUGUGUGUGAGGCCUUUGCUUUCCAGAGGACCCUUGUUGUCAUCCCACAGUGCUGCCGCAUACGUCCCCUGUGUCUGUAAGGAAGCAGGGGUCAGGUGUUGUCACCUACACUCAUCUCCUGAAGCUGGCCCGUGUCUGCUGUGUUGUGUCCUUGCUCCGUGGCUCCCUGUCAGUUUUUGGGUCCUCUCAAGAGGGGAACACGGAGCGCCUUCCUGAGCAGUUUCCACAAAGUGGCCACCUUGACUUCUAGAACUAUCGUGAAAACUAUCGAAGCCUUGAGACGACUUCUGUGUGUCCCAAGGGGUUGAGAUCGUCACCGUCACCAUUCUUCAGAUGUGGGCCAAGGCCAUACUACUACUCCUUCCUGCUGUACAGAGAGUAUGGCCGGCCCAGGCUGUGCUUAGCGAAGAAAUGAUAACUAAAUCGUAGAGCCCCACGUGUACACUGCCUUGUGUACUGCUCCGGAGGAAGUGGGCAUUCUGUUUUCUUUAUCCACUGUGCCUGUGAAUAAACUAUACCUUCCUGAUA